GAGACCCCCAUCUCAAAAACAAACAAAACAAAAAACUUUUGGUAAUAAACUAUAAAUGACCCUAAUAGGAAAAACACAUUAAGUCAUUACCAGCUCUUAACACCAUUCUGUGAUUUCAUUGGCACAUUAUUGUGUAUCUGUCACUUAGCUUUCUAAUGACCCCGCCCAAUUUUGUUGGCAGAAUAGGUGGAGAGGUAUGAAGAACGAGGAACACUGCCAGGGGAGUUUCUUGCUCUGCAAAAUAAGGGAGUGCGUACUGAAUUACCUUUUCCAGCUCCAACAUCCAGGAUUUCAGCACUACCUGCAGAGUAGUGGGAGGAGAGCUAGAGGAAGAAGUGAAGAUAAACCACUCGAAGCGGGUGUCUGCGUCCGUGGUGGCUGGGACAGCAGCAGUAGUGCUGUCCAUCUGCUCGCCGGCCGAGGGGUGGCACAUCCUAGCCUCUAUCUUUUCCCCAGAGAAUAUCCCUCUCUGCGCUUCCCCCAUCUCAGCCUUUUAGUGUGUAAACAGUUCUAGUGUGACUCAUCGGUGCUUGUGUUAGCCCCUUUACCAGCAAGUACUUGUUAAACACUUAAAUCUUACAAAUGGAAAGAAAAUUCUGUGGUAAAUUUAAGUAUAAAAGUCAACCAAAAUUCUGAGUCUCGGACAAGACUGGUUAAAAAUCGUUCUACAAUGAAACUAAUAUAUUAAAUUCAAUCAUAGAAAACCUUCCUUGCUUUGCAAGGAACCUUAAGUAUUUAAAUGUAG